AUGGGUGUCCAGGACGUCCUCUCCAGAAAGACCGGUGUCAUCGUCGGCGAUGAUGUCCUAGCUCUGUUCAAACAUGCUCAGGACAACAACUAUGCCAUCCCCGCCAUUAAUGUGACCUCUUCCUCGACCGUGGUUGCUUCUCUCGAAGCCGCCCGAGAUGCCAAAUCUCCCAUCAUCCUCCAAGCUUCUCAGGGAGGAGCUGCAUAUUUCGCGGGCAAGGGCGUCAAAAAUGGCAACCAAGAAGCUUCCAUUGCGGGUGCCAUCGCGGCUGCUGAAUAUAUCCGAGCUGUUGCCCCUGCCUACGGCAUCCCAGUCGUCCUGCACACUGAUCAUUGCGCCAAGAAGCUUCUUCCAUGGCUCGACGGCAUGUUGGAUGCGGAUGAGAAAUACUUCAAGCAGCACGGAGAGCCCCUCUUCUCAUCUCACAUGAUCGAUCUGUCUGAAGAAGAUGUCGCCUGGAACAUUGAGACAACUGCCAAGUACUUGAAGCGGGCAGCUCCCAUGAAGCAAUGGCUUGAGAUGGAAAUUGGUAUUACUGGUGGUGAAGAGGAUGGCGUGAACAACGAAGAUGUUGACAACAACUCUCUCUACACUCAACCCGAGGAUAUUCACCAGAUCUACACUACUCUCAAGAAGAUCUCUCCUUACUUCUCAAUUGCAGCGGGCUUUGGUAACGUCCACGGUGUGUACAAGCCUGGCAAUGUUAAGCUCCACCCCGAAUUGCUCGAUAAACACCAGAAGUAUGUCAAGGAAAAGGAGUCCACCGAGUCAGACAAGCCAGUGUUCCUUGUCUUCCACGGUGGCUCAGGCUCCACCAAGAAAGAAUACACCGAUGCGAUCAGCUAUGGUGUCGUCAAGGUCAAUCUUGACACUGACCUGCAAUAUGCUUACUUGACCGGUAUUCGCGACUAUGUUUUGAACAAGAAGGACUACCUCAUGAAGCAGGUGGGCAACCCUGAUGGAGAUGAUAAGCCCAACAAGAAGUACUUCGAUCCUCGCGUGUGGGUUCGUGAGGGUGAGAAGACCAUGAGCGCUCGUGUGACGGAAGGUCUGAAGGAUUUCAACACUGCUGGUCAGUUGUAG